AUGGGCUCGACCGAACGGGACACAGUGAUUGACGACAAUGAGGAUGAUCCCAUACAAGCCUCGUACGAUGUCUACGUCAAACCCCAAUGGGAAGACGGCCGCCAGCUCUACAUUCUCCAAUUCCCCAACCGCCCCUCCCGAGAAGACUACUCCUCGACAAACGCCUCGCUACCUAUCGAACUCCGCCUAAAGCCCAAAGCUGGCCUCGUUGAGCUUGACGUCCCCCUCGAUCCAUGGACAAACUACGACCGCACCAAGGGCAUACAAUGGGGAGAGGCAAUGCGGAAGUCCAACGCCGCGAAAUCAAAUACCGGCACCGCGGGAGGACAGGGUGGAAGCCACGGCCUCGCUGGCGGCUUUGGCAUCGGCGGUGUGGCUCCCGGUCCAGGACGAGGGAGACAAGUCCAAGAAGACACACUAGCAGUCCAACAAGAGAUCCUCGAUGACUUCUCGGGUGGCAUAACGCGCCAACGAGUCCUCACGAAACAGACACUGGGCGGCCAGGUCGUGCCAAAGGAGAGCGCGAGCCCGAACUACUUCAUAGGCGCUUUCAGGAAGGGCCAAUUGCAUCUGAGCCCUGUGGAUGAGAUCGUGCAGAUGCGCCCACAGUUCCACCACAUCGACGCGACGGCUGAGCUGGACAGGUUGGCUCGCCCGAGGGCAGAGGCUGGGCCGGCAGGCGCGGGUGCAAGGGCGAUUCAUAUGACAGUUAAGACUACAGGGGAGGGGGAAGAGGAUGGACAGGAUAGCAUGGCGGAGCGAAUCAAGAAUGCACAGGAGGAGAAGUGGCAGAAGAUGCGGUAUAUUGACGAUAAUAGCGAUGCGGCGUGGGAGACGUUCGAGGAGCUGUUUGCGCAGGAUACGGAGAACUUGCCGAAGCUGGAGUCGGGGAUCGAUGACGCGACGUAUUUGGAUACGAUCAGUGCGCCGCGGGAUGAGGCGAGGUUGAGUAGGGCGAAGCUGGUUGAAAAUGAGUAG